GAACAAUGUUUCUGCAAAGUGCUUUGGGCAAGAGCUUGUUGCUCUUCGUCUUGGUGUUGGCUGUAGGUGUGUUCGCCCAAUUCGAGUGGCAAGCCCGAGAUGCCUUCGAUGAAAUCAAAAUCAAAUAUGACAAAGUGAAUGCCGAUAAUUGUCCCAUCCAGCAUGUAAGCGAUUUGUAUUUGCCCGAGGAUACGGUGUCGCACAAGCCCGACAUUAAGGAGAUCAACAUAAAUCCCAUAUUUCCAAAUCGUACGGCGUUGCUGCAUUUACACAACAUGGCUUUGAGUCGUAGCUUCUAUUGGAGUUAUAUCUUGCAAUCCAGAUUUAUACGCCCAGCCAUAAACGACACCUAUGAUCCGGGCAUGAUGUAUUACUUCCUCUCCACGGUGGCUGAUGUAUCCGCCAAUCCCUACAUUAACGCUUCGGCCAUUUACUUUGCCCCCAAUAGUUCAUAUACCUCAUCGUAUCGUGGCUUCUUUAAUAAGACUUUCCCACGCUUUGGACCGCGUACCUUCCGUUUAGAUGAUUUCAAUGAUCCCAUACAUUUGCAAAAGAUUUCCACCUGGAAUACAUUUGAUGUUCGUGAUUUGGGUGCCCAUCCACCAGAUGCGAAAUCGCAUGAUUACACCUCGGAUUUGUAUAAGAUUAAUGAAUGGUAUAAAAAAUGGUUACCCGAUGAUGUAGAGGGCAGGCAUGAUACCAAGACAACAUAUCAGGUGGAAAUACGUUAUGCCAACAAUACCAAUGAAACGUUUACAUUCCAUGGACCGCCAGGUGCUGAUGAAGACCCCGGUCCAGUUAAAUGGACAAGGCCAUAUUUUGAUUGUGGUCGUUCCAAUAAAUGGCUGGUCUCGGCGGUGGUGCCAAUUGCCGAUAUCUAUCCUAGGCACACACAAUUUAGACACAUUGAAUAUCCCAAAUACACUGCCGUUGCUGUUCUCGAAAUGGAUUUCGAAAGAUUAGACAUAAAUCAAUGUCCCCGCGGUGAGGGUAACAAAGGACCAAAUCAUUUUGCCGACACGGCCCGAUGUAAAAAAGAAACCACAGAAUGUGAGCCGCUGCAUGGCUGGGGUUUCAGGCGUGGCGGCUAUCAAUGUCGAUGUAAACCGGGCUAUCGAUUACCGAAUGUUGUAAGGCGACCGUAUUUGGGUGAAAUAUUGGAAAGAGCCUCAGCUGAACAGUACUACAAUGAUUAUGAUUGUUUGAAAAUUGGAUGGGUACAAAAAGUUCCCAUACAAUGGGAGAGGGCACCGUAUCAUGUCCGUGAAAAAUAUCUAGAUAAACAUCCGGAAUAUCGUAACUAUACAACUGGUGCUGCUGCCCUACAUUCGGAAAAUUUAAAUAUCGAUCAGGCAUUGCGUUUCAUCCAUGGUGUUAAUUACAAGACGUGCAAGAAUUUCCAUCCCCAGGAUUUGAUUUUGCGUGGAGAUGUCAGUUAUGGUGCUAAGGAACAAUUCGAAAAUGAAGCUAAAAUGGCCGUACGCUUGGCCAAUUUCAUUAGUGCUUUCUUGCAGGUCUCCGAUCCCAAUGAAGUAUACACUGGUAAACGUGUAGCCGAUAAACCACUUACCGAAGAUCAAAUGAUCGGCGAAACAUUGGCCAUUGUUUUGGGCGACACAAAAGUCUGGUCGGCUGCCACACUUUGGGAACGCAAUAAAUUCACCAAUCGUACAUAUUUUGCACCCUAUGCCUACAAGACCGAGCUGAAUACCCGCAAAUUCAAAGUAGAAGAUUUGGCACGUCUCAACAAGUCACAUGAAAUCUACACCGAAAAGAAGAAUUUCAAGUUCUUGAAACAGCGUUGGUCUACAAACUUUGAUGACCUAGAAACAUUUUAUAUCAAGAUGAAAAUACGCCAGAACGAGACAGGUGAAUAUCUGCAAAAGUAUGAACACUACCCCACUUCGUAUCGUGCAGCCAGUUUGAAGCAUGGAUACUGGUCUCAACCACAAUUCGAUUGUGAUGGUUAUGUUAAGAAAUGGCUUGUGACCUAUUCGGCACCCUUUUUCGGUUGGGAUAGCAUCAAAGUGAAACUGGAAUUCAAAGGAGUGGUACAAGUCUCCAUGGAUAUGUUGCAAUUGGAUAUACAACAAUGUCCCGAUUGGUAUUAUGAACCGAAUGCCUUUAAAAAUACACACAAAUGUGAUGAACAGACAUCCUAUUGUGUACCGAUUAUGGGUCGUGGCUAUGACACCGGUGGCUAUAAAUGUGAAUGUAAACAAGGCUAUGAAUAUCCAUUUGAAGAUUUAAUCACCUACUAUGAUGGCCAAUUGGUUGAGGCAGAAUUCCAAAAUAUUGUUGCUGAUACCGAGUCUCGUUACGAUAUGUUCAAGUGUCGUUUAGCUGGUGCAUCGGCAAUACAGGCAGCCACAUCAUUAAUUGUGGCGUUGCUUGGUUUUACUCUCAUUAUGCUGUACAAGUAUAGAUGA